CAUCAUCAUCAGUCAAAUCAAAACUCUACGAGAGAGAGAGAGAGACUGAGAAAUUCAUGGCGGAAGCUUGCAGAGUGCGGAGGAUGAAGCUAGGAAGCCAAGGCCUCGAGGUAUCGGCGCAAGGCCUUGGUUGCAUGGGCCUCACCGGUCAUUACGGUGCUUCCAAGCCGGAAACUGAAGCCAUCGCUCUCAUCCACCACGCUAUUAACUCCGGCGUUACUUUCCUUGACACCUCUGACAUGUAUGGUCCUGAAACUAAUGAAAUUCUCCUUGGAAAGGCUCUUAAGGAUGGUGUGAGGGAGAAAGUGGAGCUUGCGACCAAAUUUGGAAUUAGCUAUGCAGAGGGAAAGAGGGAAAUUAAGGGAGAUCCUGCCUAUGUUAGAGCUGCUUGUGAGGCUAGUUUGAAGCGGCUAGAUGUUUCCUGUAUUGAUCUUUAUUAUCAGCAUCGGAUCGAUACCCGUGUCCCUAUCGAAAUCACUAUGGGAGAACUAAAGAAGCUGGUUGAAGAGGGUAAAAUAAAGUACAUCGGUUUGUCUGAGGCCUCUGGCUCGACUAUCAGAAGAGCGCAUGCUGUUCACCCAAUUACUGCCGUGCAGUUAGAGUGGUCCCUGUGGACGAGAGACGUGGAAGAAGAAAUCGUCCCAACCUGUAGGGAACUUGGGAUUGGGAUUGUUUCUUACAGUCCUCUUGGACGAGGUUUCUUUGCAUCGGGACCCAAGCUUGUUGAGAACCUAGUCAAUAAUGACUUCAGAAAGGCUCUACCAAGAUUCCAACAGGAAAACUUAGACCACAACAAGAUUCUCUACGAGAAGGUUUGUGCAAUAUCAAAGAAGAAAGGAUGCAGUCCCGGACAACUAGCCCUCGCAUGGGUUCACCACCAGGGAGAUGAUGUUUGCCCCAUCCCAGGAACCACUAAGAUUGAAAACCUCAACCAGAACAUUGGAGCUUUAUCAGUGAAACUCACUCCUGAAGAGAUGUCUGAGCUCGAGACCAUUGCCCAACCAGAGUCUGUGAAAGGAGAAAGAUACAUGGCAACAGUGCCAACCUUCAAAAACUCUGACACUCCACCGUUGUCUUCUUGGAAUGCUGUGUAAAACUGUCUCAGAGUUUUCUCUGGCCAAACCGAUUGUUUAAAGAGUUUAAAUGUGGUUCUGGCCAAAGGAUGAUUUAUGUACCCAUCUUAUAUACUGUGACUAGUCUUACAAUAACUCUUACAAGCUAAAGGCUUACCAAAA